AUGUUGACUACUACACCAGUGUUGGCGUUACCCGAGCCAGGGAAGCCUUACAUGGUGUAUACAGAUGCUUCAGGCAUUGGUCUUGGUUGUGUGCUGAUGCAGGAGGGCAGAGUGAUAGCAUAUGCUUCGAGACAGUGGCAGGGCAGUGAGCGUAACCGUCCUACACAUGACUUAGAGUUGGGAGCAGUGAUCUUCGCGUUGAAGAUUUGGAGGUCUUACUUGCUAGGUGAGACAGUACAGGUCUUCACGGAUCACAAGAGUUUGCAGCAUAUCUUCACUCAGCCGAUGAUGAACGCGAGACAGACGCGCUGGGUUGAGUUCUUGGCGGACUAUCAGGUGAGCAUUAACUACCAUCCGGGCAAGGCUAACCUAGUGGCGGACGCGUUGAGUAGACGGAGGUAUGAUUCCGCAGUUGAGCGAGAUGUGGAGUCUCUAGUUGGCGAGAUCAGUACCUUGCGUUUGUGUGCCAUUUCGCAGGAGCCUUUGGGUUUAGAGGCAGUGGAUCAGGCGGAUCUACUUAGCAGGAUCAGAGUUGCUCAGCAGAGUGAUCAGAGUUUGCUGGAUGCGACGAGAGUGACUGGUUCUGAGUAUGAGGUCUCUGCGAAUGGGACUAUCUUGGUUCGUGGGCGAGUUUGUGUGCCUAAGGAUGUGGAGUUGAGACAUCAGAUUUUGGGAGAGGCUCACGCGAGCAAGUUUUCCAUUCAUCCAGGAGCGACCAAGAUGUACCAUGACCUCAAGAGGUACUAUCAUUGGGUCGGGAUGAAGAGGGAUGUAGCAGACUGGGUUGCGAAGUGCAACACUUGUGCCUUGGUGAAGGCAGAGCAUCAUUUUGUCUUGUGUUGGAGUGUAAAUGUCUUGGAACGUGCUUAUAACAUAAGAUUUGAUGUGUGUCUCGGGGAUCAUGGUGGAAACCCUGGAAUCGUGAAUAAAACUUGUCGUUUAGCGAGCGAAGAGCAAGAGGAGAAGAGAUUUCUUGAGGCAUUAUGGUGUUUGGUGAUUGAUUCGAGGCUGUUCUUCUUGGAUUGGAGGCUUAGGCUUCGUGUGGUGGCUGCUGUGUGGUGCUGCGUCGUUGUUCUUCGUUCUAUUCAUAGCUCGAUCUGUGCGUUCCAGGAAACGGUGUCGAGCGACACAAAGCGUGUGUCGAUCGACACAGACCGGCAGAGUGAUUGUGAUGAGGACAGCAAGUCAUCAUCAACCAAGGAGCACAGAUCCAUGAGCCAUGAAGAGGAGAGCAUAAAGCUGAGGAGAGCUAAGGAGACCAACACCUGGAGAACAUUCUGA